CCAAGCUUGCGUGAAACUCGUUGGUUCAGAGCACUCCCUUCCUAAACGGAGUGUGAGAGGGAAGUGGGGCGCUCGGUAAACUUACAAACUUUACAUUUGCGGGAUUUUAACGUGAUAGAAAAACAAAAACAGAACGUUUUUAACAUCUUCAUGUAUCUGCUUUAAACUGAAAGCCCGCCUUUCUCCAGCGACCCCGUUCUUUAUCCAUGGGGUCUAUAAUCUAAUCGUUUGAAACGCACAGUUUUUUCAACUUUUUUUUUUUUUUUUUUAAUUAAACUCGAUAGUGUUCUUACUGGAAGCACAAGUUUACUUUUCUUCAACGUAUGUUAUUUGCAAAAAACGGGAUUAAUUGAAAAGAGAAAAAUGGCAAUUAGGUGCUAGGUGGUGACCCCCCCCCCACGCCCCCCCCCCCCAGGCUGUGCGGUAUGCUGAAGUGGGCCUCAGAGCGGCAGAAUGAGUGUCACAGAGGCUGGUGGGACAGCUAGCCAGGACGGGAAGGCCUAUCCCCUGCAGAUCUACCCCCGGCUGGCCGCGGAGAGUUCUCCAUGCUGCACACUGACCGUCCCCAAGUCGGCCACGGCCGCAGCGGUCAUCCAUGAUGUGACAGUGCAGCUGGAGCUGGACCCCUCCAAGUGCUACGUGCUGGCGGAGGUGAAGGAGUGCGGCGGGGAGGAGUGGGUCCUGGAGGCCAGCGACCUCCCCGUGCAGAGGGUGCUGCUCUGGCCUCGACGGGCCCACCAGGAGCACCCCCAGAGCGAGGGCUACUACUUCCUCCUCCAGGAACGCAACGCGGACGGCUCCAUCCGCUACGUCCAUUUGCCGGUCGUCUGCCAGGAGAAGGAAGCUCGCCGGCUGACCGCCCGGGGCUUUCUACCCCCCAAGCAGGCGGAUUUUGACGACUUGUGCAACCUGCCCCACCUCACGGAGGAAGCCAUCCUGGACAACCUGAAGAACCGCUUCCACAAGCACAACAUCUACACCUACGCUGGCAGCAUCCUCCUGGCCAUCAACCCAUUCAAGUUCCUGCCCAUCUACAACCCCAAGUAUGUCAAGAUGUAUGACAACCACCAGCUGGGCAAGCUGGAGCCCCACAUCUUCGCCAUCGCUGACGUGGCGUACCACGCCAUGCUGAGGAAGCACGUGAACCAGUGCAUCGUCAUCUCGGGGGAGAGCGGCUCCGGCAAGACCCAAAGCACCAACUUCCUCAUCCACUGCCUGACCGCCCUCAGCCAGAAGGGCUACGCCAGCGGGGUUGAGAGGACUAUCCUGGGGGCCGGACCCGUGCUAGAGGCAUUUGGAAACGCGAAAACUGCUUACAACAAUAACUCCAGCCGCUUUGGAAAAUUCAUCCAGGUCAACUACUUGGAAAGUGGGGUCGUCCGAGGAGCCGUGGUUGAAAAGUACCUCCUUGAGAAGUCUCGGCUCGUCUCCCGGGAGAAGAAUGAAAGGAACUACCACGUGUUCUACUACCUGCUGCUCGGUGCCUCUGAGGAGGAACGCAAGGAGUUUAAGCUUCUUCAGCCAGACGAUUACAUCUACCUCAAGCAGCAGAACUUUAAGAUUGAAGACGGGGAGGACCUCCGGCAUGACUUUGAGAGGCUCCAGCAGGCAAUGGAGAUGGUGGGCUUCCUACCGUCCACCAAAAAACAAAUUUUCUCUGUGUUGUCCGCCAUUCUUUACCUGGGCAAUGUGUCGUAUCAGAAAAAAUCUUCUGGCAGAGACGAGGGCCUGGAAGUGGGGCCUCCGGAGGUCCUCAACACUCUGUCCGAGCUUCUCAAGGUUCGAGAGGAGAUGCUGGUGGAGGCGCUGACCAAACGCAAGACAGUGACUGUCAAUGAGAAGCUCAUCCUGCCCUACAGCCUCAAUGAGGCUAUCACGGCUCGGGACUCCAUGGCGAAGUCUCUGUACAGCGCCCUGUUUGACUGGAUCGUCUUGCGAAUCAACCACGCCCUUCUGAACAAGAAGGACAUGGAGGAGUCUGUUACAUGUUUAUCUAUAGGGGUUCUCGAUAUCUUUGGGUUUGAAGAUUUUGAAACCAACAGCUUCGAACAGUUCUGCAUCAACUACGCCAACGAGCAGCUGCAGUACUACUUCAAUCAGCACAUCUUCAAACUGGAGCAGGAGGAGUACCAGAGCGAGGGGAUCAGCUGGCACAACAUAGACUACACAGACAACGUGGGCUGCAUUCACCUGAUCAGCAAGAAACCGACCGGUCUGUUCCACCUGCUGGACGAGGAGAGCAAUUUUCCACAUGCUACCAACAAGACCCUGCUGGCAAAGUUCAAGCAGCAACACGACGGCAACCAGUUCUUUGUGGGGACCCCGGUGAUGGAGCCAGCCUUCAUCAUCAGACACUUUGCAGGGAAAGUCAAGUAUCAGAUCAAGGACUUCAGGGAGAAGAACACGGACUACAUGCGGCCGGACAUCGUGGCGCUGCUGAGGAGUAGUGACCGCGCCUACAUCCGCGAGCUGGUGGGCAUGGACCCAGUGGCAGUGUUCCGCUGGGCAAUCCUCCGCGCGGCCAUCCGGGGCAUAGCUGCCUUCUGUGAGGCGGGGCGGCGCUGGGCAGCCAAGACGGCAGGUGUUGUACGCCGUGGUUCUCGUGUGCCGCUGGGAGAGCUCCAGAGAGCAAACACGCCCGUAGAGAAAAUGUACCGCCGCUUCUCUUUGCUCGAUUUCUCCUUUGAUAAUUUGGAUGAGUGCUCCCUAGACGUUUUCGAAGACAUCUUUACUAGCUAUUCAAAUAAGAAGGACAUGCAUGCCCAAAUCAUCCGCAGUAUCAAAGGCCUGCCGUGGGACGGUGAAGACCCACGCAAGCUGCUGCAGUCCUGGAGUCGUCUGCAGCACCCCCGUGAUCACUUCCUGAAAAAUAAAAGUACCAAACAGAAGCAGCUCAUUCCUAAGAACCUGCUGGACUCCAAGUCCCUGAAACACAUCGUGAGCCGUACCCUGCACGACCGCACCACCAAGUCUCUGCUGCACCUGCACAAGAAGAAGAAACCACCCAGCAUCAGCGCUCAGUUCCAGACUUCGCUGAGCAAGUUAAUGGAGACGCUGGGGAGAGCUGAGCCGUUCUUCAUCAGAUGUAUCCGCUCCAACUCUGAGAAGAUGGAGCUGCGUUUCGAUGACACGCUGGUUCUACAGCAGCUCAGGUACACCGGGAUGCUGGAGACGGUUCGGAUUCGGCACUCCGGUUACAGUGCCAAAUACACCUUCCAGGAAUUCGUGGAACAGUUCCGGGUGUUACUGCCCAAAAAUUCCCGCACUUCCCAAGAAGAGAUCUCGGCUCUGUUUGAGAAAAUGGGCUUCAACAAGAACAACUACCAGAUCGGGAAGACAAAGGUGUUCAUGAAGGAGGCGGAGCGUCAGAGGCUGCAGGACACCCUUCACAAGGAAGUGAUCCGGAAGAUCAUCUUCCUGCAGCGCUGGUUCAGAGCCCAGCUGGAGAAGAGACACUACCUGCGCAUGAGGCAGGCAGCCACCACCAUUCAGAAAUGCUGGCGCUCCUAUAAUAUGCGACACAAGCACAGUGCUGCCACCACUAUCCAAGCGCUGUGGCGCGGCUACUCACAGAAAAUGGCCUAUCAGAAACAGCUGGACGGGAUCCGGAAGCUGCAGGCUGUGGUCCGAGGGCACGCCGCACGCAGGAGGUACCGAGCCAUGAGUGUGGAGAAACAGCUGGCUGAGGAAGAGGAGGCAGCGGCCAGAAAGAGGGCAGAAGAAGCAGCCACAGCAGCAGCCCAGCGAGAGCAAGCCAGGGAGGAGGAGGAGAAGGGAGAAAAAGGACCAGAGGAGGUCAAGACAGAUCCUCAGACAGAGGUGAACGACACAGGGAAGGAGUUAGAGGAGGCAAAGGGAGAGCCCAGCGAGGAAGGGGAAGAGCAGGAGACCUCGAAGCCUGAACCAAGGAAGGGAGACACUCCCCUCUACCUGAGAACCCCUUCAGCCGAGAGCAUCGACAAGCUCCCACGCAGCCAGGAUAAAAGGGAGAGGAGGAGGCAGAGGGGGCUGGAACACGACAAGCUGCAGAACAAGCUGGUAUCCCCCCCAGGGCAGGGUGAUCACCCUGCCCCGACCACGGCACCCUCCCCCGCCAAGGGGGAGAAAGCGGACACCGGGAGCAAGCUGAAGGAGCGGUCGGACAGCAAGGAGCUGGAUCAGUACACCUUCGUGGAGUGGAAGAUGAAGGACUCUCCUGGGAAGAAGGAAGGGAAAUGCCCUUCCGAUGUGGCCAGGCCCUCCUCCCUCCCGCUGAGCUCCCCGAACUCCAGCGUCGGAGGGGACGGCAAGGAGGCCCAGCGGAACGGGCAGAAGGAACCGAGCAGCCCCACCGGCGGCACUCUCCAUCGGUACAGCAACCAGACCGCGCUCCGGAACAAGGGCGAGAGGUGGAAGGAGAAGAUCAAAACUGAAGGAGGCCAGCAGGAGAGCCCGUCGCCAGAGAAACCCAAGCUUUUACAGACUAAAGGGAUCUCCACAUCCCUGGAGGACUUGCCUAAGCAGAGUCUCCCGGGAUUGGACUACAGUACCUGUGGAACAUACAGAAGAAAAGUGUCUCCUGCCAAAUCCUUCGCAGACUCUGUGAAGCAGCCCAACCUGAAGAGACGUGUGAACGAGAGCCCAGGCCACCAGGAGACUGUAGCUGCCCCCCAGCCGCAGCCCCAGCCCCAGCCGCAGCCCCCGACACCGGACUCCAAGCCUGGCUUCUUCCGCAAGAUCCUGAAGAAACACGAUAAGCGUUCUAACAAAGACUUGCACACGCCGGAAGAACCUGAAAUUACGUUUUCCCAGGCCGUGGCUGAAUACAUGCAGCUGAAUAAAGUCAGCGAAGGACCCCCGCAGCACCCAGGGGACCCUUCCCCAAAGGCUAGGAAGAACACAGACAUCAAGAUCAGCAAUGCCCCCCCGUGUUCGGAGCAGUGGCACACCUCCCUGCAGCGCGAGAUCACCAACACCAACGAGCUGAAGGAGCUGGAUGAGUUCCUCCGCAACCAGGUGAACGACCUGCGGUCUCGUGGGAAGCAGCUGUCGGACACUGAGAACAUCUUCAUCAUGGCCACCAUGCAGUUCCGAGAGAAUAUCAAGACCAUGUACAGCCGUCAGAACCAGCCGGCUAACAUUCGCUACAGGAACCUGAUGAAGAACUACCAGUUGAAGGUGGCCAGCCUGGCCGGGGAGAAGCAGAAGGCCGAGGUGCAGCUGGUGGUCAACCUGUUCCAGUCGGUGCUGGACGGCUUCAUCCGGGCCGAGAUCAAGAAGGAGGAAGCCGAGCCCGCCAAGCCCACAAAAACUCGGAAGAGAAGAAAAAAAGACAAGUGUUCGGAGAAACGCAUGGGCCACGUGCUCAGCAGCUAUCAGGUGAACAUCAUCCAGUCCUGUGAUCAGUGCACCUCCUACAUCUUUGCCAUGGAGAAAGCCCUCAUCUGCAGCUACUGCAAGAUUAUCUGUCACAAGAAAUGCAUCAGUAAAAUCCAAAACGAAUGCACCUCCUACUGUGUGAUGAAGAAUGAGACGGAGGCAGGCUCCCGGCACUUUGGCGUGCGGGUUUGUGCUCUCACUAGCGAGCGGAACCCGGUGCCCAUUGUCCUGGAGAUCCUGCUGGAGCACGUGGAGAUGAAUGGGCUGUACACAGAGGGUAUCUACCGCAAGUCUGGCUCUGCCAAUCGUAUGAAGGAGCUGUGGCAGAGGCUGGAGGCAGAUCCCACCGCUGUGAAUUUAGAGGAGUAUCCUAUCCAUGCUGUCACCGGCAUUCUCAAACAGUGGCUCAGGGAACUCCCUGACCCUCUCAUGACCUUCACCUAUUACAAUGACUUCCUGCACGCCGUGGAAAUGCCAGGGAAGCAGGAGCAGCUUCAGGCCAUUUAUCGCAUUCUGGAGCAACUCCCCCAGGCUAACUACAACACCCUGGAGAGACUCGUCUUCCACUUGGUCAGAGUGGCCAAAGAGGAGCCUCAUAACCGGAUGACCCCCAAUGCCUUGGCAAUCGUGUACGCUCCCUGUAUCUUACGCUGCCCCGAUAACGCAGACCCCCUGACCAGCAUGAAAGAUGUUGCAAAGACUACUAUGUGUGUGGAAAUGCUGAUAAACGAGCAGAUAAGAAAAUAUAACGAGAGGAUUGAAGAAAUCGAGCAGCUGGAAUAUGCAGAGGCCCUGGCUGUCAACCAGCUCAAGCUGAAGAGACAGAACACGCUGUGGCCUUUAGAACUCAGGUUCUCUCCUUACAAGAGAGUGGUGGUGAAUGAGAAGUCCUCUGUGGAUCUGAGCCCUGUUCAUGAGGACAGCCCCACGGACUCGGACAUCGAAGCAGAGAAAACGCUCAUGGAGCGCAUCAAGUCCAUCAAGGAAGAGAAGGAAGAGAUAGUCUACCGGCUCCCGGAGCUGGAGCAGCCUGGCUCGGAUCAGGAGAACCUCGACUCUGAAGCCUCUCUGAGCACCGAGAGCCUGCUGGACGAGCGGACGGGGAUCUUGGACUCCGAAGGACCUGCAAAGCAUUUGGGAAAACAGAAAUCGCACCCUGUUGCCAAGCCUCCCAGGUCCUUCCUGCACAAUUCCAGAGCGCUGCUGGUGCAGUCAAACUCCAGCCUCCCCCCGCCCACGGUACGAUCCUCUUCCGCCACGCUGCACGGCACCAAGCUGCCCCAGCGCGCCCCGACCAUGCCCACCUCCAACAUCAAGCUGCUCCCCGGCAUCCUGACCCGCACCAGCUCCCAGACCCUGCCUUUCCGCAACGCUGUCAUCCUGCGUCUGGUGAAGGGACGAGAGCAGCCGGCGCGGCGCAAAGACAGCAUCCAGUCUGUGUACGUCGUCCCAGGACAGGACCCCUUCCCAGCCCAGCCCAGACCCGUCGACUGCCAUCCCAGCGCCGCGGUCUGCAGGAGGUUCUCCGAUCCCGACGUUCCCUACACUGACUGACUCCUAACAAGAGCUCCAUUACUGUCGUCAUGGCGACGAGGGAGAUGACAAGACAGUUCAGUCUCGCUUCCAUUAAGAGGGGGUGAAGCAGCAAGACUGUCUCACGAAGCACUUUUCUAUGUUAGUUGAUUUUUUUGUUUAACCCGGUGAUGUCAAGCUGAACGUUUUUUUUGUAUUAAUAUUUUUAUACUUUUUUUAUUGUCUGAGAAAACGGGGAUUAUUAUAAAACGUGGCACAAUCUUGUAUAUUGCUGUGUGUAUUUUUGAAAGGGACUACAUUUUAAUCUAUGCUGUAAAUCUGGCUCGUUUACACCAUUCCCUGCUGCCUUCUCUCUGCUGUCUGAUAGGACCAAAGGAGUAAUCGGACUCCCGUCUUCAAAUUGUGCCUUAUUUUUUAUUCCGAAUUAUAAAAUGCAUGACUGUUUAUUUGUCUUUUUUAAUGGGUUAACUAGGGGUUUAAACUGGUGUGUAUGAACUUACUGGAAAGUGGACCAAAUCUUUUAAGUAUUUCAAUGGUGCCUAAACUGGACCUAGACACCCCCCCCCCCCCCCCCCCCAAAAACUUUCUUAAUGCCUGUACAUAACAGAUAUUUGCAUUCUGGGUUUUUCUUUAACAGGAAACAUUAACUCUCUUCUCUGUAACCUGCAGACUUUUUUUUUAAUAGGGUUUACAUCACCAGUCUGUUCCCUCAAGUUUGUUCGAGGCUGUUGCUUAUUUUCAAGGUAGAAAGAGGACUUCAAAAAAAUAAACAAAGCAUUUUAUUAUUUUGGUCCCAUGGUGUUUCCUGUUAUGCCUGCGAGAGCCACACAGUAAGAACAAUUAAAGGACGGUGGAUGCCAGCCCUUGUAUUGUAUACUGUGCUAGCUAGGUGCUGGAAUGGAAAUAUUCGGCAGAGGUGGGUUGUUCUGUAUAUUAUGUUGCCUCAGUCUAGAAAUGAGCACUACAGUGCACACGGGCCAUUGGGUUAGCAUCCCUGCACCCCAACUAUUUGCUUUUUUUUUUUUUCUGGAGUGGAACCUCUCGUGCUUUUGUUUCCGCUACGACAGAAGCAUCGCCCCUCAGAAAUAGGAACAUACAGUACAGGGGUAGUAAUUGGAGAGAAAAAAAGUCUGAUACAUAAUUAACACAAAAUAUCCUUUGCAAGAUGCGUGCCAAGGAGAGCUUGCCAGCCUUCCUGCGAGAGGGGCUCCCAAUGUCUCUGAUUUGAAAUAGCCCAAAAAUAAUGAGCCAUUAGCUCACCCAGCUGAUGCUGUGUCAUUUUGCACAUCUGUCAUGCAAGUUAUCAAGUUAUUAUACCUGUAUACACAGACAUAGUCCAGUUUCCCAAAUUAGAGUAUUGCAUGCACCCUUUCUGCCUCAGCCUAGUGCACACACGCACACAUACAUCUGCCUGUGUUAAUGAAUGCUAAUUUUAAUGUUCACAUAAUGUGUGUAAAAUCUUAUUGAGCCUAUCAGAAUCGUAGUGGAAUAAUGGAAUGUAUGUUGGAAAACAUUAGAUGGUAUAAUGUACUUUUUUUUUUAAUUGAAUGUAAAAAGUAUAUACAGUGUGUGUAUGUGUAUGUGUGUAUAUAUAUAUAUAUAUAUAUAUAUAUAUAUAUAUAUAUAUAUAUAUACAUACAUACAUACAUACAUACAUACAUACAUACAUACAUACAUACAUACAUACAUACAUACAUACAUACAUACAUACAUACAUACAUACAUACAUACAUACAUACAUACAUACAUACAUACAUACAUACAUACAUACAUACAUACAUACAUACAUACUGUAUAUAUAUAAAUUACUUUCAGUGCUUCAGAUUUUGACCCAAAUUGUUGCUUUAUUGUUCUGAAGUCCCAAUAUCAAGGUGUCAAGGUCCUCCUUCAAUCUACAACAGUGACAUCUUUCACUGCAGUGUGUAAGCACGCUGUCGUAGUAGCCCCUAUUCUGAAGUGAUCUUGCACGUCUUUAUCACGUUGGAUAUCCUUUGCCCCCCAAGUCCAGUUUCUCACCCAGGCAGUGUUUGCAAGUUGAAUUGAAUUAAAAGCUAUAUUUAUAAUACAUAUUUCAUUUGUCUUAUUAUUAUUAUUAUUAUUAUUAUUAUUAUUAUUAUUGUGCUCCUUUUAAAGCAAGGAACCAUUGAGUUUUCAAACGCCAUUCUCAUUGGUAGAAGCCUCUAAUGCAGUCCCCCUGACUUUUAUAAUGAGGGUGCACUGUAUAAUUUGAUCGUUUCAAAGUUAGCUUAUAACACCGGUACUUCUGUCAUUGGACUGCAUAUGCAUCUCUCUUUUGCAUCGUCAUUACUGUAAUUGAUCAGUUACAGGUAGUGUCCCCCUGUAAAAGUAAACUGCAAUGUUCUGCUAGCGGUGAAGUCUCUAUGACAGUAAUUUAUCUUCACAUCCUGUAUGCUGCCCCCUUUGCAUCAGGAAACGGCCAUUCCCAAUACCGCAUGCGUGCAAACUAUAGUGUUACACUAUUGCAACAAGUGCGUAUUGCAUUAAUCUGUCCGGUCUGUACACUUGCUGCGAUAUUUCAUGCAGAAGGCUUUGCAUUGUGUAGUUGCUAGGUAGGAGACUGACAACCAUGGCAGUUGCAAGUAAAGGUGAAGCAAUCAAUCACUCAGGUGCCUUGAUUGAUACAAUACUGUGUGUUUUUUUUUUUGGUGCUGUCUAGCACUAAGCAAAUCCUUGAUAUGCAAUGCAUGAAUGUAUUGUACAAAAAAACAGUUUUUCCUUGAACUUUCUGGAAGUUUCCAUUUUAGAUGCAGCGGUGGUGUGUGUGUGUUUUUUUUAUUAUUUAUAAAGGAUGUUGUGUGUAACUGAGGAGCCGAGUCGUGUGUCUGUGUAGGUCUGCUCUCCCUGUUUUAAUUUGUUGGUUAUCGGGGUGUAUGACGGUGAUCAAGUGUACUGUACAGUGUGGUGAAUGAAACCUGGAGAGAGUGAAGCAGGGUGUGUUCCAGCUCCUGCGUGGUGGUUUUCUUCUCUAAUUUUAUAUGACCCUUCUCACUCAUGAAGUACAUGGAUGCCUUUGUAAGAAUGGUCUUGUAAUGUAUUUCAUAUUUCAGGAUACAAUGUUUAAAAAAAAUUCAAUACUUACUCCCAAGGGCAACUUAAGUGUACUGAAGCCUAAUUACAGACGGGCGAUUGAAGUGCAGAAAUAUCUUUUAAUGCCGUACAAGUCUUUGGGUGCAUGUUGUUUUCAGCGAGAGCAAGCAGGUUGAAAGGGAUGUGGACCACCUUUUUAUAAAGCCAGAUUUAUGUUUUCUUUUCAUUUCAAAGAAUAAAAUGGUCCAAGCAGGAUGCAAUUGUUGAUCUAUUGUCUGUAUCUUUUUAUCUGUGUGUGUCUGUUUUUCAUUUCAUUUUAAAUAUAUUUAUGCAGGGUUAUAUA